GCAGCUGUGAUGAUGAGGUAGAUCUAUCGAUAACUUCACUGUCUCUGUUUUAUCUGUUAAGUGUGUGAAGUUAGAUAGACUAUCUAGAAAUCUAGAUCUAAGUAUGUUGUCGUUUAUAGCAGAAAUGAGAUCUAGAUCUACCAGCUACUAUGAUGUCUACCAAGCCCUCUACCAAGAUCCUGUUUGUCACAAUAGCCACGAUCUCUGUCUUAGCCAGUUUGGGAAUCUCUGAUCCAGGGUUUGAUUUAACCAUUGCUCUCAACACGUCAGAUGUACGAGGUCCAAUAAUUCCAUUCUGGAAAAGUACUGGCUUUUGCCCUCCAGAGCCCCACCAAGAUGCUGCCAGCUUCAUGCUCAGCCCAGACAUGCAGCAGAAUUUGGCCUACAUUGGUGCUGUCCCAUUCAAUGGGAUCUCCCAAGUUCGGGUUCACUGGCUUCUUGAUCUGGUUAAAGUCAAAAGUCUGUUACCAGAAGGUCCAGUCUAUGACUUCACACUGCUGGAUGCCUUUGUGGCCCUCAUGCACCAGAAUGACCUUCAUCUUGGUUUUGAACUGAUGGGUAACCCGUCUGACAUCUACACGGACAUGGAGAAUCGAACCCAGGUGUACUGGUGGCGGGACCUGGUUGCACAGACUGCACUCAGGUACAUCAAGCAGUAUGGCAUAUCUUAUGUCAGGCAGUGGAACUUUGAGACAUGGAAUGAGCCAGAUUGUCAUGACUUUGAUAAUCUCAAGAUGUCAGUCCAAGGAUUUCUGAACUAUUAUGAUGCAUGUUCUGAGGGUCUAAAAAUGGCGGAUAAAUCUCUGACAUUUGGUGGGCCAGGGGAUGGAUGUGGGACCUACAUGCAGGAGACAAAAUCAAGUGACUACGCUGAUGCUUUGUUCAACCACUCUGUCAGAGGCACCAAUUUUUUUACUGGAGAAACUGGCAUCAGACUUGAUUUCAUCUCCCUGCAUGAGAAGGGUGAAGGUCAUGGGCUGAGGAUAUUGGAACUGGAGACUGCAGCUAUGGCCUACAUCAAAUCAAAGUACCCAGAGCUGCAGGCUAAACCUUUCUACAACGAUGAGGCUGAUCCUAUAGUGGGCUGGAACAAACCGUUGCUAUGGAGAUCAGAUGCAACAUAUGGAGGACUCGUUGUCAAAGUGAUUUCCCAGCAUCAAAAUAUUCUACGGUCGAGGAAAAACCCUUUCAUAGAGAACUACGUCCUGCUCAGCAAUGACAAUGGUUUCCUGAGCUACUACCCCAACCAGUUCACCCAGCGUACGCUCCUGGCCAGGUUCCAGAUGAACCAGACCACACCCCACUAUGUGACGUUUGUUCGCAAGCCCGUGUAUAUGAUGAUGGGCUUGUUGGCUUUACUUGGGGACAGACAACUGCAUGUUGAUAUUUCAAGUGACCUGGGUCAACCAGUGACCAACACCAGUGACUACGGUGCUCUGGCCAGCUUACAUGAACCAGGCAGGACAGCCAACAGCUCAGGCAGGACAGCCAACAGCUCAGACAGUUGGCAGACAACCCUGCUGGUGUAUGGGGCGUCAGAUCCUGGGAGUAACGCAAGCUACGCUGACCUGAAUGUCUACUGGUACAUCAUACCACCACCAGAUGCCAUAAGCCUGAAGAUGAUGAUUUAUAUUGUGUACAAUGGUGGGUCGAACCCCUACGAUGUCUGGGCCGGUGUGUUCAACAAAACAGAUUUCCCAACACUCAAACAGUUUGCUUGGCUUAGGGAGGAAGAGGUACCAAGUGGUGCAAUCUAUGACGUGCCACCCGUCAAAGGAUUUGUUCCCAUUCCUCCAAGGUUCCAGGUGCUGGAACCACAUGUUAUACUCUUCCACGUGUGUGCUCAACCCCUCUCCCCACCAGAGAAGGUAACAGGUGUGAGGUUCAUCAAUGUGACUGCUGGCCAGGUGAUGGUCGUAUGGACUGAUGCAAACAUUCAAACCAAGUGUUUACUGACCUAUGAGGUCCAGUUGUCUCAAGCUGGACCUCAAGGACCUUACACUCAGGUCAACACUGUCAAAAACAUCAAUACAAUUUUUAUCUUUGAAACAGAUUCUGAAAGCAAAGUUCAAGGUCACUACCGAGUGCGAGCAGUGGAUUACUGGAAUAGAGGGGGAGACUACUCUGACCCUCAGCUCUACUCUACACAUCCUGGUGGACGUUAAAGUAAAUCUGAUCCAUGGCCUUCUUCAUGGGUUGUCAUCAAGCCACUCAAAAUAAAUCAAGACAUAAAAGUUGUAACAAAAAUUUAUGAUUUUUAAAACACAAAAUGUAAUGAAUGCAUUUAUUAAUCACAAUAUAUAUAUCUAAGUUAAAUAUGGGUGGGGCUCAUUGGUUUUUUUUUUUACUGUAAGGCUAAGUUUUUAAAGACUGAAGUGAAACCCUAAAACAUGUACCCAAGCACCAAGACAAGAUUAAGCCUUAGUAACACUCAGUAUCCCCUGUGUUGCUGAAAAUAUAGCUAUAUUUGCAUAAGUUUACUUUUAAUGGUUUUCAUUUCACAAACUUUUCAUAGUGUCGUUAAAUAAAAACCCAUAAGAUAAGGUUACAAGACAUAUUAAUUUAUUUAUUUUUUACUUAAUUAAGACAAGAAACAGUCUAAAAAGCAUGUGUCCAAUAUGGGGUGGGGCGGGGGGUUGGGUCUGACUAACUUUGACGUUGAUAAAUGCAUCGCUAACUUUAUACAGGCUAAUGCUUUCCUUAGUUCAAAUUAUUGUUAAAUUACUAAUAUAUGCAGACCAGUUUUUAAUAUUAAAAAAAAAAGCACUUUGCCCUCAAGUCAUAAUAAUGCACGAGUUUUACCAACAUCCUAAGAUUUUUAGAAUUGCCUUAUUUUGUGUAUGUAAUCUGUGCUAAAUGAGUUUUGCCACCAUGCUUAGAUUUUUAGAUUGUCUGAUUUUCGUGUACAUUGAUUGUGUAUGUAAUCAUGUGCUGAUUCUUAUGUAGUGUCAUUGUUCAUUAAUUAGCAUGAUGAUUUCUUUGCCACAUAUUUUAAAAUCUUACCAUUUCGAACUGUACAUUGUUAUCCUUUCUGUUCGUUUUUAAAAGAUUUUUUUAAUGUGUUAUUUCCAAGAUGUUUUUUGUUUUGGUAAAAUUAACAUGCUUCAAUAAUUUAAAAACCAGUUUGCUAUUGGUUGUAAAUAAUUACAGUGAACACACUUUUAUAAAUCCUUUAUAAAGUC